GUUACCUGAUGCCCUUUCGCUCCCCCCCUCCAUCAUGGCGGCGUCUGUAAUUUAGGGCAGCUGGGAGCGCAGCGCGCACGCACAGGUUGGAGGCAGCGCCGCGCGUCCGCUGCCGCCGCCUCGCGAGACUCAGUCUUCCCCUCUUAGCCAGAAGAAAAACUACGUGCACCAUUAACCCUGUGGAGCAUUGCAAGUCAAUCCAAUGGCGUCCUCUACUGCUGUGCCUGUAGGAUUUCACUAUGAAACAAAAUAUGUUGUUCUCCGCUACCUGGGGCUCUUGUCACAGGAGAAGCCACAAGAGCAACAUCCUCCCUCAACUCCAGGGCCCCAGCAGUCUGUAAUACUACAAGCUUUGGAGAAAGAGGUUCUAGAGAAGCUUAAGACAGAAAUCGAGGAGGAGCUAAAACACCUUGAUGAAGAAAUUUUGGAAGCCUUCACCAGCACUGGGUUUGACUGCCAUACUUCUCCAGUAUUCAGUCCUGCCAAUCCAGAGAGUUCAAUAGAAGAUUGCUUAGCUCAUCUUGGAGAGAAAGUGUCCCAGGAACUGAAAGAACCUCUUCACAAAGCACUACAGAUACUGCUUAGCAAGCCAGUGACUUAUCAGGAAUACCGAGAACGCACUCAGGAGAUGGACGCUCAUGCCAGUGGAUGGAGCAAGGUGUUGGUGCCUCUGGUUCUGCUGCAGCAAUUCCUGAUGGAGCUGACAAAAAGAGGCCAGGAGCCACUCGGUGCACUUUUGCAGUUUGGAGUGACGUACUUAGAAGACUAUGCUGCAGACUACAUCAUCCAGCAAGGAGGAUGGGGUACUGUCUUUAGUCUGGAUUCUGAAGAAGAGGAAUACCACGCAAUCAUUGCAGAGGACAGCAAUGACAUCUACAUCCUAACCAGUGAAAACUCUGGACAGGUAAAACUGCUGGUUUCCUUUCGGUGUUUAUGCUGGUUCGGGAUAGAUGGAGGAAACUGGGAGAGCAGCCAAAGCUGUGUAUGGUUUUAAUAAAUUGGAUAAUUUUAGCACUGAGAGGGCAACAGUGGCAUUACUUUGAGCCUGGCUGUAGUUGUGCUUGAGAGCUCAGCGAAGGCAGUUCCAAAUAAAAGCGAGGUGCAUUUUAAACUACGACCAGUUUGCUGUGGGACAGGUACUUCACAGGGCUAAUGGUUGCAGGUACGGCAGCUAUUGAAAGUAACAUGUUGGAGUAGGGAGCAUUUGAGUCAUAUGUAGUUGUUCCUGGGUUGGGAUAAUCACAUUUGCUGAGGUUAAACUAGAGCUAGGUUAAUAGCUAUUUAAGCUGGAAAAUUAAAACUACACCCAGCUUGGAACGUGUCAGUACAGCUACCAAUGUCUACAGCAACUGAACACUUGAUAUAGUCCAUGUUCUUUGCUUUGCUUUUUAAAGGAUUUUUCUAUCAUUUUAAUUUAUCCUUUCUCCUAUUUACAGUUGACCCUCCUUAGGUCCCAUAGGCAGAGUGCAGCAACUAUCCAUUUGUUCCCUUGCAGCUAGUGGCCUGAGGGAGCUUCGAUGCCUAAUUAAAAUUUGCAUCAAAAGCAGCUGCUGAUUUCCUUGCUCUAGCUGCUGGGAAAGUGAAUGGUCAGAGCAGGUGCAACCAUUGCUAUGCAGCUGGGGAUCUCUCCCAUACUCUUGGUUUUCUGACUAAACAGUAGUAAGCCCUCUUCUUAUUCGAACAGUAAAGUCCCACUCAGACUAAAAGACAGCCCCUUGGUGUGUUAUACAAGCAGCAAAGUUUAAUGGUGUGUUUACAAUCUUCCUCUAUACAUUUCUGGGAACCUACUGGAAUGGAAGCAGUUAGCUGCCUUCACAUCUUCCAGCAACUCACUUUUUUUUAAAAAAUGUUGUUUCUUUUAACAGGCACGUGCAGCACCUGGGGGUGGUGGGUAAUAAACUGUCUGAAGCCUCUUGUGCCAUUUGGUUAAUUCAAAUAUUGUUUCUACAGUGUUAAAGUUCUCUCCAGCUCCAAAGGUCUAUAAGUGAAAGGUUAUGUACAUUUUUUCCUUCCCCCAAAUGGGACACUGCUGUAAGACCAUGGCCCCAGCUUGCACUUUAAUAAAUGGUACAGUUUUCAAAA